CCCUCCCUCCCCAGCUCAGUCCACAUCCUCUCCACAUCCUGAACAUCUGCCUCUCCCGAGCAGUAUGAAGAUAGGCUUGUACCACAUCCCUGCUACGGCUUCAAGGAAAGGCAAGGAAACGCAUUUGGCAGAGUGCCUUGACGUUAAUAGACACUUCCCUCCUCACGUAGAGUGCAAGUCAUCAGCUUCCGGGAGGAGUUUGACACCAGAAACAUGGUCCUGGUCAUAUUCUACUCUAUGUCGCGGAAGCUCAUCGUCUGAGCUCAACCACGAGAAAUCCCAGUACUUUACUCACUGAAAACAUAAUUUAUUGGGUUUUCCUCGUGUAUCUAUCGAUCUGCAGCCUACAGCUGGUACUACUCACUUCGUCAAAGGCUCCUGUUAUAAUGGCACUAACAUUCGCUCUGGGAAAGAAGACUCCUCUUUUCCGUCAGCUCAUGGGCUGAGAUGAAAGAAGAAGGACAUCGCGAUAGCACUGAAGCACCCUGCAUUGUCCUGCGGUGGAGGCAACCAGAUCCCGAGUACAAUCCAAAGCUUGAUGGCAAGGAAGAUCCGAAGCAGACAAACGCAUCACCCGGAGAAUUCAUUGCACGGACAACACUAGCUCCAGCACAACCCUGCUGCUAGAGGAGCAGAAAGGCGGCAGACAAGACGAGGAAACACCACGACGCAAACAAACCAGGAAAUAGAGUCUGCCACGCGUGGCAGCUGACAGAGCAUGGGCAAGACUCCAGAGACCUGGACCAGAAGAUUACUGCUUGAGCUGCAGAUGAGUUCGGCUCGGCUGGACUAAGUGGCGAUCAGAUCAACCGAGGAUGCUGUGACCACACUCCUGGAACUAGAUCCAAGCAAUGUUCGUUGAUCUACAUAUCGAAUUUUCUUUUGACUCCGUCACCACUGGAAUGCUAUGGUACACAUUCUUUAUCCAGCAACCGUGACCACCUUAGCUAUAAUGCAUGGCUAUCACAGAGUGAAUCUAGAACAGAUAUUGCGCUCGUGUCAGUCUUCACACCUAUGCUGCGGAGAGAAUCUGACGAACAAGCGUUCCAAGCCCUGACUCUCUCUCUCUCUCUCUCUCUCUCUCUCUCUCUCUCUCUCCUGCAUGGCCGAGUACACCACAUAGCUCAGUGGGAAAAGGCUUCUAGCAUCCUCACCUCAGUUCAAGACCAGAAAAUACACCACGGCGAGGGUAAGCUACCUACCGUCAAGCUGAUUACUGAGAACAUGUGCUCUCUAUCUGUUGUCCCUCUUAUGAGUAACCGACCUUCAGUCGGUUCGUAAGCUUGGCAAAGUCCAAAUUUUCAUCAUCAACAUCAGUGCAACAUCAGUUCUAUUGAAAUUAAAGUUAAAACCGCAGUGUGUUUAAAACGAAUAAACGAUAUAAGACUUGACUCUUGAACUCCAAGUUCC